GAAAGUAUGAAGUUAGAGAUGAACCAUAUAAUUGCGUCGGUAACAAUAAAUAUUAAAUGUGGCCUGUUUUAACGUAAUCUGUGCACCUAAAUCUUGCUUUUUGACAAAAAAAAUAACUUUUUUACUGAAAAUCGAUUUUAGGUUUUAGAAAAUGAGUUCUGCAACUCCUCUGCUAUUUGAAAUUGAAGACAAGUAUGAAAUACAGGAAAUUACAUCAAAUAGUUAUAUUCAAGAACUGAUAAAGCAUGUUUCUGGCUAUAAAAAUGGGUUUAUUAGAGUUAAUCCUUCUGGAUUUGUGUUCAUCACUGAAACUGAAAAAUAUUUGGAGAGACUGAGAAAGUUUGAAGUGAGGGAUGACGAUACUUGGAUUUGCACAUUUCCUAAAUGUGGAACAACAUGGACACAAGAAAUGGUUUGGUGUUUGAUGAACGAUCUGGACUUCAAGACUUCUAAAACCAUAGACUUGGAUGAAAGGAUGAUUUUUAUCGAUCAUAUUGCGAUUCUAGAUGAUUUCAUUAGCGUAAACUUUCCUGAUACCAUACAACAAGCCGCUGAUAUGCCAUCCCCAAGGAUCAUCAAAACACAUCUUCCUUUUGAUUUAUUGCCUGACCAGAUCAGAAUGAGAAAAAAGACCCCUAAGAUAGUUCACGUCUUUAGGAAUUCUCGUGAUGUCUGUGUGUCCCAUUACCAUCACUGGAAGAUCUUGAAAGGGUUCAACGGCGGGUUUGAAAUGUGGUCUCGUUUAUUUUUAGAGGGAUACGGUGGUUAUUAUUCCCCCUUUUGGAAGCACGUUGAGUCAUUUUACCUUUCUCAAUACAAAAAUAUUAUGUUUGUGAAGUAUGAGGACAUGAAAAAGGAUAUGAAAAUUUCCAUUGAAGCUAUGUGUGGAUUUCUAGAGUGUAAAAGUUACACUGAUGACGAAAAGACUCUACUUCAACAGCAUUUGUCGUUCAAGAAUUUUAAACAAAGCCCCACCCUCAAUAAGCAGACACAUGUAAAAAUCUGUGAGAAUGUUGGAUAUUCUAAUCAGGAUGAAGGAGCUGUCUUCGUAAGAAAGGGAAUUGUUGGAGAUUGGGUGAAUUAUUUCUCUGAUGAAUUAUCAGAAAAAUUUCAGGAAAAAGAUGCGGAGUUGAGUCGUUGUACCGGUUUAGUUAUUGAAAGUCAGUUGUCCAACUCAAGUUUAUAAAUUUUUAAUAUCAUCGCUUUAUUUAGUAUGUCAAAGUGGGUAUCUAAUAUGUAAUUUUCGUAAUAAUUUAAUGGUUACCUUCAUGCCCACAGUUCAAUCUUUUAACCCACCAUACCAUUAUACCAUACUUUAUACUCAUUAACUUAUUAUCUAUAUAUACUAAAUGUUUUGAUUCUUAGUCCUUAGAAGGGCACUCUAUUAAUAAUUUUUGACUGAUUUGAAUGAAACAUCUCUAAAUUAUUUACUAUUUUUAUUGUAAUGCUUUUUAAAUUUGAUUAUUAUUCUAAUUCUAAUAAUUUACAUA